AUGUCGUCCCUGUCGAGUCCGGCAUCUUCCCGAUCUGCUUCAUCCUCCACCACCACCGCAGCAGCCGCAGCCGCCGCUUUCGCCGCCCCACCGCCUUCUUCUGGUCUCAGACCUCAUGCGAGCUCGGAGCAUUUACGGACAAGUGAGGCCGGUCCUGCACUAGAUAGACGUACUGAAAGACGGCGAUCCACUCUCAGCGGGUCGGAUCGUAAGCGACGGAUAGUCAGUCUGGAGGCGGAUGCGUGGUCGAGGCGUGCAGUUCCCGAGCCGUUGACGGACACCGGGCCGAGCAGUAGCAGUCGAGCAGCAGCAAUGGAUAGCAGGUCUAUCCCCCGGUUUUCCUCGUUCGAGACGCAGACGCAGACGCAGACGCAGACCCCCCAGGAUCCUCCUCCUUCAUCCUAUGCCAAUCCCAUCGAUCUAACAUCACCCCCACCGCAGACCCGGCCGCAGGGUGCAUCUAGCUCGACUGACAACUACCGUCGGGGAUCAUGGUCACGGACGGGUACUGGUGCUUACGUGGAGUAUACACGGCCGCAAUGGCAGCCUGAUGCGGAGGUGACGAAAUGUCCCAUCUGCGGGACAACUUUCAGCUUUUGGUACAGGAAGCAUCACUGCCGUAAAUGUGGCCGGGUCGUGUGUGCGUCAUGUUCCCCCCACCGGAUCACUAUUCCCCGACAGUUCAUCGUGCGCGACCCCAAUCGUUCUUAUGCAUCCUCCUCUCUGAUCCCCCCGCGCGCGGCUCCGGUCAUUGAUUUGGAAGGCGAUGACGCCGCCACGUCCCCAACUGCCCUCAACCCGGCCCUGGGGGGCGGGGAGGAGGUGCGGCUGUGUAACCCCUGCGUCCCAGAUCCCAACCCAGACCCGCCUCGUGGGUUUGCAACUGUUCGGAGCCGCGGGGGAGCAGAAUCACGUUCGGGCAUAGGGCAGGGGGCUUACCCUACUUCAUUCAGUCAAUCUGGACAUCGAUCUUAUCAUUCCGUGUCAUCGCCCGCUAAUCAAAAUCCUCACAGUGGAGGCCUGCAGCAACCAGGUACAUUUCCCUCACGGCCAGGACGACGGACCGUAGGCUCAAGCGAUUAUACCUCGUUUGGUGGAUUGGGCGGCGCCUUUGCUCCACGGCUGCAGGAACGGCCCAGGCCCAUUGAUUACGGAUCAUUGUCUAGUUCCCGCUUCCAUCCCAUCUCAAUGGGUUCCAGUGCCUCCUCUCGACCGCUGCCGUAUCCAGGUGUGGGAAGUGCCAGUUCAUUGCCCGUGUCGUCAACAGCCCGAUCUUCGUCUCUCGGGGUAGCGCCGUGGCGGCGGCCCCACGUCGAAGAGCGCGAUCUCUGUCCGAUCUGUGACCAAGAGCUCCCACCUUUAGGUAGCAACGGGGACGAGACUAGUCGAGAGGCACAUAUCCGCGACUGUAUUGAGAGCCAUAGUCGACAGGGUCGCAUGUCCCCGCAGAACGGUAGCCCAGCAGCGUCCUCACCCGUCCCCGUUCGUCUGGUUGUAUUCAAGGCGACGGAGAAGGACUGUGUGGGGCAGGAUGGAGGGUUACAGGAGUGCACCAUUUGCAUGGAAGAAUACGAGGUUGGGCAGUCGCUGGUGCGGCUGGAGUGUCUGUGCAAAUUCCACAAGCGAUGCAUAGUUGAAUGGUUUGAGCGGAAGAAGGAGUGCCCGGUGCAUAAAGUCUCCUGA